AUGGAUAUCUCCCGAGUCAUCAAGCCAUGGAAACUCCAUCCUCAACGGACGUUGGUUUUUGUGAACGCAACCAUCGUUGAUCCCGUCCAAGGCGAAUUGAUUCAAAAUGCUACAGUCCGAAUCUCAGACGGCAAGAUCACCCAAAUCACCACAGAUGGCCCAGCAUCCACAGAAGACGUACCAGAAGAGGACGUCAUCGACGUGAGCGGAAAGUAUCUCUGUCCAGGCCUGAUCGACUGCCAUGUGCACAUCGCCGUAGUCCCCGGCGAAGCCGACCUACGAGCCUACAAAGACAUGACCGAGCGAAUCAGUCUACUGCGCCAGCCGCGCGUCCUCAAGUCCAUGCUAGACCGCGGCUUCACCUCGAUCCGCGACUGCGGUGGCGCAAGCCUAGCAAUCAAGGAAGCCGUCGAGGAUGGCGUAAUCCCCGGACCUCGUCUCUUCAUAGCCGGCUACGCGCUCUCCCAAACAGGUGGUCACGGCGAUAUGCGCGGGUCGCACAACGCCCAGCUCUGCUGCGGCGGGUCUCUCUCCGGCAUCAGUCGGAUUGUCGACGGCCCCGCGGAAUGCUACAAGUUUGCGCGCGAGGAGCUGCGCCAGGGAGCGGACUUUAUCAAGAUUAUGGGCGGCGGCGGUGUGGCUAGUCCCACGGAUCGCAUUGAGCAUGUCCAGUUCUCAGAUGAGGAGAUUAAGGCCAUUGUUACUGUUGCCCAGAACGCGGGGACGUACGUUACCAGCCAUAGCUAUACACCGCAGGCUAUUCAGCAGGCCAUUAAGCUUGGGGUGCGGGGCAUCGAGCAUGGAAACCUUGUUGAUCUCGAGACGGUGCAGAUGAUGGCUGAGAAGGACGUUUUCCUUACGCCUACGCUCAUUGCACAUGUCAUGUCCAAGCAGAUGAAUUUCCUUCCUGCAGAUGGCGCAGCUAAGAACGAUGAGGUUCUUGAGAAGGGGCUUAAGGCUAUGAAGAUGGCCGUUGAUGCUGGGGUUACUGUUUGCUUUGGGAGUGAUCUUCUUGGUCCGAUGCAUUUUGCUCAGAGCAAGGAGUUUUCAGUUCGGAGCUCGAUUCUGACUCCGUUGCAGAUCCUGCGCAGUGCCACUGUUAAUGCUGCUCGGCUUGUUAUGCAGGAGGAUUGCUUGGGUCAGGUGAAAGAGGGCUUUGUGGCGGAUUUGCUGGUGUUGGGUAAGAAUCCUUUAGAGGAUAUUACUAUUUUGGAUGCGGUUGAGGAGCAUGUUUUGGGUGUUAUUAAGGAUGGGAGAGUUGCUACUUCGCGAUGGGAUCAGCUGAAGGUUGAUCCGAGACCUUGA